UACCCCUGUGCGGCUUCGGCUAAUCGACAUCUCAGCCCCUGUGCUCAAGGCACUUCGGUUUUAUGCCAAUUGUAGUUUUGACAAUGAGUUUACCUUGAAAUUCUCAGCACCACUGGUUGACAAUCUCUAUUGGUGUUAUGACUGUCAGUCCACAAGUGAGAGGUUUGGUGUGAUGUGGUUCAUGCGGGGCCUGACCUUAUUGACGCCAAAGUCUCUUGGGCACAUGCACGGCCUUCCAGAUAACAUUCUCUUGUUGAACAUAGAGGCCAGAGAUAAUUUGGGUGAUGUUGCCCGGAGUUUUGAGCAAGAGAUGUCCCGAAUUCCAGUGAGAAAUAACUCUAGAUUAGUGUUGGAACUGGCAACAAAAGGGCAUGCUUAUGGAGCAAUGUUGCUGGAUCUUAUUGGGCUCUGUUCCUCUAUCCAAAGACUUCAUGUGAGACUUAAUCAAAAUGAUGAGGCCGUCAGAGCAUGCUCCGAAAACUGUCCUUGCCACCUGCCUUACAACUGGAGUCAAAUUAUAUCUUUGACUGAUCUCAAAGAAGUCGCUAUCAAAGGCUUCAGAGGAGAAGAACAUGAGUUUGAUCUAAUGAAAGUACUGCUGAGAUGUGCUGCAAUGCUUGAAAGAGUGAUCAUCAACUUCUCUAGAAAUGUUCCACGAAGUUGCAGCGCCUACGUGGAACUCACUAGCAUUUUAAAGGCACAUCCGUCAGUAAAAUUCAAAAUGUACAGUGGUGAUUAGGUUUUAUUUGGAUGAUUAAGAUGCUCCUAGAGGUAACGAAAUUAGUAUGCUUUAGACUAAUCUCACUUAAACUAAAACUUGUGCUUUAUCAUAACUGAUGUUUCUCCAUAUUUGUUGCUGAAUUAAGUAUCUAUUACUUCUUUGAAUGUUCUGGUGCUGAUUUUACAGUCCAGUGAUGGUUUGCUGUAUUGUGUAAUUGCUAAACUGUGAUACCAUGAGGGUUUCUUGUGCUGUAUUGCCCAUUGUAGCCUAAUGCUUGUGUCCCGGCCUUAUCCACUAAAGAAGCAGCAUCUUCUUCCUUCCUUUCGUUUCUCUGCUAUCCCCAACUUCAUGUUGACAAUGGUUCAAUCAAUCAGGAAUUCAGUAUGCAUCUGGUAUACUGCUGCAUGAUUGGCCACUGCAAAUAUUAGAAUGUGCUUGUAUUGCUUUGUUCUAGAUUUUAAAAUGUUAAUUUUGUUCUUCCACAUGGCUUGUAUGCUGAAGUUUCUUUGUGGAAGAUGAUUUGUGAUUAGGAAAAUAAUUACCUUCUUGUAUGAAAAUGCUGAAUUUUACAAAAAGGGGUCCCUAGCCUUAGGAAACCUAAGGCGCACCCCCAACAACAGCAAUAUGGUAUUAAAAAAUAGUUAUGCAAUGAGCAGGUGAGAGUCAUCUUCUUGGUAUGCUUUUAUUGACUCUACAAUCUGUUGAAAUGAUCAUAGGAAAUCUCUCUCUCUUUGUGGUGAUCAAGCAAAUCAGGAUGUUGGUGGUAUUGUGCAAUCACAGUAGCACUCAGAACUGAGACAUAGUUUAGACCUUUAGUACCUUGUAUGAAAAUAAUUGUUAUGCAGUUCUAUGAUAAUGUAUGUUUACUGCCAUGUUUUCUUCCAGCCAUAA